AUGGAGAUAGGUGGACAUGGGCAGGACAUGGGAGGAUUCGGUACUGAUGGGACGGAAUGGUCGGCCAAGGUGCGCAAUGGCCGAUCCGACGAGCAGGGGACGGUUUUAGACAACCCUGGCUCUUCUGCAAGAGACCGAGACCAUGGAUCCAUAUUGGCCGAGUCGGACAUAGACCGGCACGACAUAGCACACAGAAGACUGCAAGAAGAUACGUGGUUCCUGGUCAUUGAACCUGUUGCAAAGCAGGACAGGGAUCACUAUGAAUAUUAUUGUGCAGACACAAAGCAGCACGUCAUUGCUUGGUUUGAUGUGUUUGAUGCAAGUCUGCUUUUUCAGGAGUGUGGGCUUGCACGUCUUGAGCUCGAAGCACAAUUUUGGAAGCAUGUCGAUUUCUUUCCACGUCAUUACAAAAUGAGGCCUUCUGAUGCAAAUGAGCUACAAGCUCACUUGGAAUGGUUUUUAGCAGAUUCGCGCUUUAUUUUCGGAUGGAAUCGCGCAGAGUCUCAUCUUUCGUCCAACAAUUUAAUGACAGAGCAAGGAGUAGCAUUUUGCGGAUUCUGGAUAAGGUCAUCAUCAAUUUUUAAACUACUACGGUUUACCGGAAGCUCGUUUGAUGUGGUCUCACUCCGUAGAAGGCUUCAAGCGAAAGCAAUCUCUCCCCCUUUACUGGAGACUGCUGCAAUGUUCAGAGUGCCCACACUUGUUUUAGAACAUAUAGAAAAUAUCCAUGUCGACGAUAUUGUCAACUUGUUGGAUAUCAGGCAGUUCGUUGACCGUUUCAACGACGAUAAUGUGAAACACAGCACUUUGGUGUCGCUGCUCAACACUUCGGUGAAAAGAUGA